AUGGCGCUCUCGCAGCCGGGCGCCGCCGAGGCUGAGGAGCCGUCGCCGCGCAGCCGCCAGCAGAUGCAGCUGCGCGUCCUCCUCACGCCGCUCGCCGUGGCGGGCCGCCGCCUGCCCCAGAAGCGCCUGCUGGCGGCCUACGCGGGCGGCGGCGCGGGCAAGAGGCUCUGCCUGGGGCCGCCGAGCCCCGCCGGCCCGGAGGGCCUGGGGGAUGUGGACAGCGACGGGAGCGACGCGGGAGACGCUGCCCCGGAUGAAUCUUCACAAUUAUCAGCCUAUGAAAGGAAAAGACUAAAGAACAUUACAGAAAAUGCUAAAUUCUUUGCCUCUCUAAAGCUGCAUGAGUCAGCUGCAAGACUUCACAAAAUUGCAUCUAAAGUACAAUCUCACACCACCAAAAGGGCUAAGCCAAAAAAGACAGAAGAUGAACCAGUACGUCGAAGAUCUAUGCGUUUACAAAGAAUAGACCCAUCAGGAGUUCCAAUGCCAGAAACACCUGCCAAGCCCGAAGCAGAGGAAUAUCCUCGAGUUCCAGCUGGACCUCUGUUGAUGGUUCCAGAAAAUCAGAUGGAGAACAGUAAGUUGACAGAGGAAUUCUUGACUAUGUGGACAAGGAUAAGUGAGGCAAAAUUUAAUGAUACUGAAAAGUGUACAUGUGACGUGGAAAGAUACCAGGCCAGCCUGAACAGUAUGACCCUCAGUGAAGAAAACGUUAAAAAGGUUGUGAAAAAUCGAAUAUAUUCUAUGGCUAUCCAUCCUUCUGAAAGCACCAUCUUUGUGGCAGCUGGAGACAAGUUUGGGCAGAUUGGUCUCUGGAAUGUUAACUGUAAGACUGAAGAAGGAGCACGUGUCUUUAUUCCACAUAAUUAUCCAGUCAGCUGCAUGUAUUUUUCUCCAUUUAAUCCUGCUCACUUGCUGUCUCUGAGCUACGAUAGUCUACGAUGUGGUGAUGUUACUAGAGCUGUCUUUGAUGAGAUAUGCAGAAGUGAAGAAAGCUUUUCUUCCUUUGAUUUUUUGGAAGAUAAUGCCUCCACUGUAAUAGUAGGACACUGGGAUGGUGAUGUCACUGUUGUGGACAGACGAACUCCAGGAACAUCUUCAGAGCUUUCUGCAAACAUUGGCUUCAAAAGAACGAGGACAGUCCAUGUUCACCCAGUGAAUAAGCAGUAUUUCCUUGCUGCUGGCUCAGUGGAUGUUUGUAUUUUUGAUGUUCGAUACCUGAAAUCUAAUGGGAACAAGCCGGUGAGCUCUCUUGAUGGACACACAAAAAGUGUUGCUUCUGCAUAUUUCUCACCUGUAACUGGAAACAGAGUAGUGACAGUGUGUGCUGAUGAUAAGCUGAGGACCUAUGACACCCGCUGUUUAUCAUCUACUGUUGCAGUUCUCAGUACUGUCAGACAUAACAAUAACACAGGACGCUGGUUAACUAGAUUCAGAGCAAUAUGGGACCCUAAACAGGAAGACUGCUUUGUGGUGGGCAGUAUGGCACGUCCAAGACAAAUAGAAAUCUUCCAGGAUACUGGAAAAUUGUUGCACUCUUUUUAUAAUGUUGAUUACCUUGGUUCUGUUUGUUCCAUUAAUGUUGUUCAUCCCACUAAGAAUAUCUUGGUGGGUGGCAACUCCAGUGGUCGCCUUCAUGUGUUCAAAGAAUGAAAAAAGUUGCUCAGAUCUUUUUUUUUUUUUUUUUUUUUUUUACUUUUGCAUAAAAUGUGUUUAAUCUGUGUUAAACCUUUUCUAAGCUAACUAUUUUCUCAGGACAAAAGUGUAUUUUAAAAGCUUUAAAAUAAAACUUCUAAACUAUA